AUGCAUCGCCAGUCGGUCGCACGGCUUACUCGCCAGUGUCAGGGUUUUCCGCUGGUCGAACUGCCCCCUCCCUACCUCGCACCGUCUCUCCAUUUUUCCUUGAUCCGGUCCCCGGUCCAGUGCUCGUCCUUUUCCUCGACCGCCGCCGUCGCUGGCCGUGGACGUGACUUGAACAAGACCCGCGGUGUCUCAGCUAUUCACCGUACAGGCCCCAGAUUCAAGUUGGGUGUGUCAAAGUACCCAUUGCCGAAGCCUGUCUCCCCCGCGGCAAUCGAGAAGCGUGAAGCGACACCGGAUCACGGACUCUGGGGGUUUUUCCCCAGAGAUAGGUCGGCAUUGAGCACACCGGAAUAUGAUAUUGCUCACGGCCGUUCCUGGUCCAUUCAGGAACUUCGGGAGAAGUCGUGGGAAGACCUUCACUGCCUCUGGUGGGUCUGUGUCAAGGAGCGUAAUCGCAUAGCUACGUCCAAUCUCGAGAGACAGCGUUUGAAAGCGGGUUACGGAGAAUGGGAAGCCAGUGAAAGAGACAGAACCAUCCGCGUUACACAAAAUGGCAUCAAGCACGUUCUGCGCGAGAGGUGGUACGCUUGGGAAGAUGCGAAGCGACUUUACAAGAACGGAUAUCGCCCACAAGACGAGGAUAAUCAGGAGUAG